AUGAUAAAAAAUUCAAUGAAUGAAAGCGAUGACGAGUCAAGUAAUGGUGGUGAUAAUUCUGCAUGUCAUUCUGGUCUUACUUGGGAGAUUAGGCGACUUCAUGCUGUACAAGCUAAAAAAAAUGGCAGAAGUUUUAAUGCUAAUUCUAGUGCUAAUUUUAAUGAUAGUGCUAAUGCUAAUGCUAAUACUAAUGCUAAUGCUAAUACUAAUGCUAAUGCUAAUACUAAUGCUAAUACUAAUGCUAAUACUAAUGCUUGCUACUAUACUAUUUGA